GCUGCCGCCGCCCCGAGUCGGCCGCAGGGUCCCGCCGGGGCUGUCCGGGGCCGGUGGGGAGCGGCGGCGCCGGGGGCUGCGGAGGAGACGCUUCCGGGGCGGAGGAGGGCUAUAUAAUGGCGGCGGCGCGGCGGCCGGAUCCUCUUUCGGCUCCAAGAUGACGAAGAAGAGAAGGAACAACGGGCGGGCCAAGAAGGGCCGCGGGCACGUCCAGCCCAUCCGAUGCACCAACUGCGCCCGCUGCGUCCCCAAGGACAAAGCAAUCAAGAAGUUUGUCAUCAGGAACAUUGUCGAGGCGGCAGCAGUCAGGGACAUCUCUGAGGCCAGCGUCUUCGACUCCUACGUGCUGCCCAAGCUGUACGUGAAGCUGCAUUACUGCGUCAGCUGCGCCAUCCACAGCAAGGUGGUGAGGAACCGCUCCCGGGAGGCCCGCAAGGACCGCACCCCCCCGCCCAGGUUCCGGCCCGCCGGUGCUGCCCCGCGACCUCCCCCCAAGCCCAUGUAAAGCGACUCCGGCUGAAAAUGUGUCGAGAAGCAGCCUAAAUAAACGAUUUCACACUG